AUGGAUCUGGAGUCGGCAUACAACUGCGGUGCCGAAUUGGAAGCUUGCUUGCCAAGCACCUCAAGAACUGAGGUCAAAGCCGCCGUUCAAAGACAUGCAGCCAGUAGCUUUGCAGCUGCGGAUGUCAGCGAGUUGACAGCGCAGCUGAUAGAAGUUCGAGAAGGACUUGGACAGCUGAACCGCUUGAGCUCUGCAUGUGAUUCCCGAACGAGAAGAAGACGAAGCUGGUGUGCAUAUACAGUACAACAUUCGCGAAUUUCACAACGAGGAAGUUCCAUCGGUGUUCUCAGGAGCGCCUCGCCAAAGCUCCGCUCCUUGCACUUGGCAAAGCGCUUCGGUACAACGCUAGCCAAAGUGGCGCAUCGGUUGCGCAUACGCGCUACACUCCCUGACUCGUCGGGAUGCCUGUCGCCACCUCGUGCUUGGCGCAAGUGA